AUGUGGAAGAACACCAGCAUUGGUAAGGAGAGAUCACUGGAUGGCACAGAAUAUAGGCUGGAUAUCAAGUCUGUAUUUUUUAGCAGGCCAGGUGAAUAAUAGAUUAUGUCAUUUUUGGGGGAAAUGGAACAAAGUUGUUUAAUUUUUAUUCUUUAAAGCUGAACAUUUGCUUUUGUAAGAACAUUGGAUUUUUGUGGGUGAAACAUCAAAGGAACUUUACAGAUUUCUGUCUUAGCACCUUUUUUUCUAGAACCUAAAAGGGUUCUGCGGUUGUCCCAUAGGAGAACCCUUUGAAGAACCCUCCAGGUAGAAUGGUUUUGGUUCCAGGUAGAACCAUUUUGGAUUCCACGUAGAAACCUUUCUACAGAGGGUUCUACAUGGAACCAAAAAGGGUUCUACCUGGAACCAAAAAGGGUUAUCCUAUGGGGACAGCCGAAGAACCCUUUUGGAACCCUUUUUUUCUAAGAGUGUAUGGGGUUUGUUUGCCACUUGUAAUGCUGCAAAGUGAUAGAGAGCCACAUACUGUACACAUUAUUGCCUUAGCAACCUAUGCUGGAGACAGACUCACUACAUGAUAAGACCCCCCCCCCCCACACCACCACCACCUCUGUCCUGCCAUGGGCUCCUGUCUCGCUCCUAUCUGACCUGGAACCUGUGUUUUCCCCUCAGAUGUCCCUAGACAGGUGGCAGUCACCGGAGCCUUGUCCCGGAGUGCCAACCGCAGAAAGAGGACCAGCUUCUCCAAAGAGCACGUGGAGCUUCUCCGUGUCACAUUUGAGACUGACCCUUACCCUGGCAUCAGCCUGAGAGAGAGCCUGUCCCAGAACACAGGCCUACCUGAAUCUCGCAUCCAGGUAAGCAGCUACAUACACACACACACAGGCAUGCAGGAACACACAAACACACACACGAGUGUAAUGGGUGUUGUUUACAUUACAAGGGCUCUGUGUUCAAAUGUGGUCUGCAUGGGUGCUGCUGAUACUAGUAUCAGGGUUUCUGUUUAUCUUUUAAAUCACUAAGAUGAUGUAAGCAGUUUUUAUCUGUGGUGUUGUUUGGUCUGAUUGGUAGACUGUACAACACUUAUAGUAAACAGAGCAGACAACAGCAAGAUAAGCCCCAACACUCUCACGAUAUUCUACAGGUGUUUGUGGGUGGGCUUGGGAAAUUAUUAACAUGGGUACAAAGCAAAUCAUUAUAUUUUAGUCAUUGGAGUCAACUAACUGCAACACAGUAUCUGUUUGCAUUGGAGGUGCAUUCUAACUGCUGUGUAAUAACACAAUUGUUUUGUCAUCUCUCUCCAGGUGUGGUUCCAGAACAGGAGGGCUCGGACUAUGAAGUGUAAGGGAGCUAAGGCCGUGUGGCAGUCCGACUCUGGCUUCCACUCCCCUGGUGAGUUCACCCCUGUCCAGGACCCAGUUUCCCAGCACCGCACCAUGGGGACAGGGGCUAUCCAGCCUGGCCUAGUCUCUCUGUCCACCUCCCCCUGCCUGCCCCCUGCCUACCCUGUCCAGGUGAAGGAGGAGGUGGAGGACUUUUUCUAUGGACGCUGCCGUCCACCCUACCCUGGAGAGGAGGAGACUGGCCACUACAACUCCUUGUUCGAACUGAGGCAGGCCAGGGUGCUGGGAGACAGCUCCAGCCCACCACUUAAUAGCCUCAGGCACCAGAUGGUUCCAGGAGCCUGGCCCCAGGCAGGUGAUCAGACAUCCCCAGUGCAGUCCAUGUGGAGCCCCUCUCCUCUGGAGGUAAGGAAAUACAGCUCAGGCUCCAGCCAGGCCUUCCUUUACCAUAGCUCAGCCGAGCAGCAGCCCCUCUACAGCAACCCCCAGGAAGCCUAUGGAGGCCCCAUUUCCCAGACCCAGGCCCCAAACACCCCGGAUUCCGGCUGCUGGGAGUUUGGACAAGAGAACACCCCUACGAUGGAAGGCCAAGGUUCCCAGUUGGAUGGCUCCUGGAGCACGGCUAUGUCUACCCCAGAAUACCCAGGGCAGGCCCCCUACCAUGCCCCCCUGCCAGAGCUCCCUGCCCUGUCCCUGCAGGAGAUCCUGAGGGAGCUGGAGGGAGAGUGGUGGGAGGGAGAUGGCCUGGACAGCUACCCCCAAUGA